GAGACUCUGUUGGUAAGGUCUUGGCGUUAAUAAGUUUAACACCCUUGGCUAUAAUAACUGGUUUUGUUACGCUGGUUCUUUUUAGAAGAGAUUUGCAUACAAUUACAUUUUUUGGUGGUAUUGUAAUUAAUGAAGCAGUAAACUUGCUGUUAAAACAUACUAUCUGUGAGGCAAGACCAAUGAAAAGAGAUUCUCUCUAUACUGAAUAUGGCAUGCCAUCUACCCAUGCUCAAACUAUGUGGUUUUUUGCUGCAUAUGUAACGCUUUUCAUAUGCAUAAGGUUACACUACAGCAAUAAUUCAACAGUAUCAGAAAGGUUUUGGCGGAUAUCGAUAAUAGCGGGAUGCGUGAUUCUGGCUUCCUUGGUAACCUAUAGUAGAGUAUACUUAAUGUAUCACACAAUAACUCAAGUUGUUUGUGGUACAAUAGUAGGUAUAGUUUUGGGGAUCACAUGGUUCAUUUUCACUCAUUUGGUUCUAACGCCAUUUUUUCCUAUGAUAGUUUCAUGGCGGAUGUCAGAGUAUUUACUCUUACGUGAUACAACUCUAAUACCAAAUGUGCUAUGGUUUGAAUAUACGAAUACACGUACAGAGGCAAGAGCUCGAUCUCGAAAGCUGGUAUCAAUGAAGUCUCAGUGACGACUGAUGGUUGGCCAAUGGGCUGACAAUAAAUAAAUUAAAAUCGCUGGGUCUAAGGUGUUAGAAAGUAAAAAAAGUUAUAAUCAGAUAUACAAUGUACAGUUAAAUUUUAGUGAAUUUAUUAACGGUUUUUAUAUUUCUUCUUCAAUUUUUCUUUUCUUUUAUUGUCUGAUUCGAAUCAGGUAACAAACUUGUUUGGAAAUAAUGUAUAUUGUUUUAUCCAGAAUCUAACUUGUUUAAAUCAAUAUCAGUUUUUCAAAAUCCUAUCAUACACUGUCUAGUAAAAAAAUAGAUAUAUAUGUAUAUUGUAUUAACGGCUUGAGCGGCUUUGACGCCAUAAUACGAACAUCGUUCAUUUUGCCAAUGACUUAAACAAUUUUUGCCUAAUUUGGUACCCUGAGGUUUGUUGGGUCGCUGAAUGCGAAUUUAGAGUAACCAAUUUAAUAUUCAAAAUGAUUCUAAUAUAGCGGAUCAAAAUGCAAAAAGUGACUUCAUUUGGAUGAAAUUCGGUACCAGGGAGUUGUCAAGAUCGCUGAUUGCGAAUCUGAACUCGAAAUCCAGAAAUUAGAAAACGCAGAAUGAAUAUGCCGGACGAAAAUACAAGAAGAGUCUUAAUUAGAAUGUAACUCGGUACUUCGGGGUUUCCUAAAAAUGAAGAAAUGGAAAUGGCGGAUUAAAUAUGGCGGCUCGAAAAUUCUAAAAGUCAUAUAACUUACCAGAUUUUUUUUUUUGAACUUCCUAUUUCACAGUUUUUCAAAUACGAAGUGACGGAAAAAAUUUAAAAAAGUUCAAACGGUCCAAUAUGGUGCGCAAAAAACGAAUGCGUAUCGCUGGACCGGGGAUAGGAAUUAGGCAAGACCGUUAAAAUAAAAGUUAGGUCAUAUGUUCCGGAGAUUCAGGGGUCGCCUGAUUACUUAUCCCAGCAUGAAUCAUUAAAUAUUUUUGAAUCGCUGCUUAUCACCCUUAUUGUACAUUUGAAUAAAAACAACCUUAAUGAACUAUGUUUCAUCCAAAUCGAAAGCCGAUGAUUUGUUCCUGCCGCUUGAGGCAGAAACGAUGAAAUUUCUUUGCCGCUUAAGGCGUUAAGGAUCGCUUUACUUUACAAACUUUUUAACAAGUUAUUAAUGGCUCGCAUAAUACAUAAUGAAAUAAAGACUCGCCUAGUCGACAACAUCUCUUUAUUUGUAUUAUAUAUAAGUUGCUCAAGAAAGUAAAAAUAUUAUAAAGUUUUCAUUUUCUUGCAUAAACUAUGAAUACACCCGAUAAGCAUUCGAUAAAUUCUAUUCAAUUAAAAUAUUUUACUGAAUAAGAAUUAGCUAAUAGCUUUAAGCGAGAAACUCGACAGAAUGUCAAUAAAUAAAUAAGCUUGUAUUCAGUCCUCACUUUUACAGAUACAUGUGCUUUUUAAUUUAUGAAUGCUAUUAUCGUUUACUAUCUACAUAACCCCGCAUUCUAAAGAGAAUGAAAUUAGAAAGUCACAUGUAGCACCAAACGUGGGCUCUUAAUACAGGUAGUUAGUAUUUUUACAGUCCUAUAUGAUAAGGCUGAUUCUAAGACGUAAGAUAUAUUAGUCGAACGCAAUAUAUUAUCCUUGUUAUUGAACGGGAAUAGGUAUUAAUGGAGGGCCUAGAAACUUAAUUAGAAUGACAGACUGUGAAGACACAAAAGUUUUAAUUACCACACCUUUUUGUAAGCAUAACAAUUUUGCCAUUACAAUAUUAUAAUGAUUAAAAAUGAUGCAGUAAUUUAUUUGGAAUGGAGCGAUUUAUUCUUCUAUUUUUUAAUUAUUCAUUAUCAUACUGCAAUGUAAAGAAUUGCUAUGUCGGUAGGAAAGUGCAUCUAGUUCGUUUGAAUGAUAUAUUCACGUGAAAAUUGACUAAUUUAUGGUUUUCACGCUCUCUGACUAAUGAGUAUCUAGGAUCUUUUAGCGACCAGCUGUGGUAACUUAAAUAAAUAUUAAGUACACGUGUAUAAAACUUCGACAUUAGGGCACUUAAGAAACUUUUUAUAUGUGGUGGAUGUUUGAUAAUACUUCAACAAUUGAAAUAAGAAAGAAAGCUAAAGAAUAAGUGUCAAGACGAUCGUCAUUGUUAACCACAACUUUCUUCAAACGGAGGAAAACUUUUAUAAAAGUAUUGCAUUGUUGAUAGUGAAGGCAAAGUUUCUUAUUAUAACUACAAAGUGUUUUGUUUCUGAUUUUGAUUACUGUUAAACAUGUUAAAACGUUUAAAUACCUUGGAGGUAUGUACAAGUGAAGCGUAUGAUUUGUAUAUAUUGUCUCCUAACUUACAAAAAUAAAACGAUUUCAUGCGUU